AUGGAAAGUAGACCCUCCUCCCUGCAGCUGCAGCUGCCAGUGUCCCUCAACAUUGAUGACUUCAUUGUCACAGACAAAGGCCGUAUGACAGAGCUCUUCAAUCUUCAUUUCAUUAAGUCUGGCUCCCUGUUUGACUUAACCACACCUCCCUGCCAAUCCAACGUGCCCUUUUCUCCCAUUAAAUCAAAGCUAAAACAAAGCCUUAUCUCGGUUUCUCUGCAGUUGGUGGCCCAAGGCCACUUCCGGGUGCUGAAGGUUCCUCUGGGCUUCAUUAAGGCCUUAGAAUGGUUCUUCGCCAUCUUUGCCUUCUCCACCUGUGGCAGUUAUUCUGGGAUGUUCCGGAUGGCGGUGGAGUGUAAGAACCGGACAGACAGCGACCUGAGUAUAGAGGUGGAGUUUGAGUAUCCAUUCAGACUCCACCAGGUGUAUUUUGAUGCCCCCACCUGUAAGGGCGGAAACACGGAGCGUUACUUCCUGGUUGGUGACUACUCCUCCUCGGCCGAGUUCUUUGUCACCAUCGGUGUCUUCGCCUUCCUUUACUCCACAGCAGCUCUCAGCAUCUACGUCUUCUUCUUCGAGAAGUACAAGGAGAACAACAAGGGCCCUCUGAUCGACCUGGGUGUGACUGGAGUGUUUGCCUUCAUGUGGCUGGUGAGUUCGGCGGCCUGGGCUAAAGGUCUGUCCGACGUGAAGACUGCAACUGACCCGGAAAAAGUGAUCACUCUGAUCUCCGCCUGUGACAGUGAGGGGAACCGCUGCCGUGAAGUCCACGACCCGGUCAUGUCUGGACUCAACACCUCCGUGGCUUUUGGUUUCAUCAACCUAGUCCUGUGGGUGGGAAACCUCUGGUUCGUCUUUAAGGAGACGGGCAUCAUCGCUCCCUUCAUGCGAGCUCCACCUCCUCAGGAGAAACCUGCCGCACCAGACGCCUACGGCCAGCAGGGGGCAUACGAACCGGACCCCUACGCCAGCAACCAGGGGGGCUACCAACCCGACUACAACCAGCAAGGAUACAACCAGGAUGCAGAGUACGGUCAGGGCUAUGUCCAGCAGGGGGCACCCACCUCCUUCUCCAAUCAGAUGUGAACUGACAGUCAGCAGAAAGUGUUGGAGUGAACCAAUAGUGGGUCGCCUGCAACCUACCCACAAUGCAACACUCCCGUCUGUCUGCAAAGUCAAUGGGUGGGGUGGGGGUUAAAAGAGAGGGUUGGGGUGGGGGUAUAGAUGUUCACUAUAAUGAAUCGAUGUGUAAAUGAUAAAAAAGAGUUCUAAAUAACAAAUCCACAACUUGAACAAAACAACAAGGCCGAUGAAUACAAACCUUCUGAAACAAGUGACGAUGUUGAUAAGAGUUAUUCAUAUUAAAGUACAUAAUCUGUGGAGAGAAUGUAUGUUUGUGUUGUAUAGAUAUCACUUUGAACAGAUAUAUAAUAUAGACUGAACUGUUUAUUCAUGUUUCCUAUUGAACCCAAUGAUCCGCCCUGCUCCCUGUCGUAUGCCCUUCUCCCCAAGACCAACAGACCAGAUUCAUAUCGGCCAAUCAUGAAGCAGUUUAGACUGGGUUCACAAAUCAGACCCAAACAGCCAAACGAAAACCAGAUCAAACUGGAUCCAAACCAACAACAACCCUGCGUGCGCCAGCAUCACCUCCCAGCUGUUUGCUGUUUGUCUUGCUGCAUGUAAAUAUCAACACAGGAAGUGAUGUCAUUCUGGAGACGCAGUAAACCCAGUCCGGACUCCAGCUUCAUGGUGACGCCGGGUGAAAGGCUGGAUCCAAAGUGGCUCCUCGUUGUUGCAGUUUUCACUGUCUGUGUGUUUGAUUACUGGGCUCGGCAUGAGCUUCGGGUUUGUUCCUGCUGCUCCUCUCAGAUCAGAACGCUCGCUGCACAAACGUCCGUCUCAACCGUCACUGCCAACCAAACCCAGUUCAGCCCGUUCUCAUUCCCAGGACGUCAAAUACCUACCCUUUGUCAUGUCCUUCGGUGUCUGGUACCAAGGUACCAACGCACAUGGCUGCCAUUAGCAUCACAUUUCAACGAAAUAUGGGAAGCCGCUUAAACCACAUCAAGUGGUUUUGGGGCGUAAACCCAACCAAGUGGUUUUGGUAACUAAACCUGACCAAGUGGUUUUGGUAACUAAACCCGACCAAGUGGUUUUGGUAACUAAACCUGACCAAGUUGUUUUGGUGCCUAAACCUAACCAAGCGUUUUUGGGGCGUAAACCCAACCAAGUAGUUUUGGCAACUAAACCUGACCACGUGGUUUUGGUGCCUAAACCUAACCAAGCGGUUUUGGGUCGUAAACCUAACCAAGCAGUUUUGGUGCCUAAAUUUAACCAAAUUGAAACGGUUCACAAAGUUAACCACUAGUUUUGUUUUGAAAGUCUAACCUGACUUUGCAUAUUCAUGACUGCUAACUUGACCGCGGAGCCCUACAUGCCCAAAACACAACUCUAAUGGGUACCCAGAGCAUUAAAAAGCAACACCAAGGGCUUGACCAAGCGCCCAUAUGUGACAAGUUGGGAUGAGAAUGGGUUGUCCAUUUUGUCGCUGGUUGGCCGUCAACUGUGCUCUCCUAAAUUCAGAGAGACAGUGAAAAUGCUGCAUCACUGAACAAGGACAGAUUGUGAUGUCUUUGGUUUUGGUGUAGUCAGAAAUCUCUUAAAGGUUGUUUCCCUCCGAGGUCAGAUAGUUUAAUGAAACAACAUUUUAAGAUGACUCCACUUCAGUUACCAUGCUGAUCAUGUUAGCUAGCCUGUGUUAACGGCGUCCUUCCUAACGGUAUAAAUUAUAUUAGCGUCUCCCUCACACUGCUUCUGGACGUUCUGCAGUCUAUUCUUUAUUUACAUUUUUUUAAAAAGCUAAAUGAAGAUGUAAAUGUUAAUUACAAUUACAGUGGUUAGUGAGUGUUAGUUCCUCAAUCAACACGUCUUUAAAUCAAAAUGACAAAUGUUACGUUAGCAUGUCUGAACAACACGCCUCCUGUGUUCGCUGGGCGUGACGCGGCACCUUACAGAAAGCAGCCAACAUGAACACCACGACACUGAACAAGUGAGAAACAAAAUGGACGCCUGAGGAAGCUUCAGUUUAAAUCUUCAGACGGACGUUUCUGUCAGUGUUUUUUUAUUUGUCUUCUCCUCGGCUCUCGACCAAUCAGCUGCAGCCAUGAGCUGUUUUUUUUGUAAAAGUCUUCUGGGUCUGAAAAAUGAUAAGAAAAAAAAUUUAUGCUUCUUUGUUUUGUCUUUGUUUUUUGGGGGGGAAAGUGAAGCUGUUUUUGGCGUCGGUAUCUUCCUCCGCAUGGUGAUGUGUUUCCUGCUUGUGUUGUACAGUGACUGAUGAUCAGUGUGAUUCUACUUCCUGUUCUCCUGUACAGGUGUGAGUGUGUGUGUGAGUGAGUGAGUGUUCACUCUCAUUACCUGUCCGUUCUACUUCUACAUCUCUCUAUCAGGCUCUCUCUUUUUUUCCCUCCUCCUCUUCAUCACUCUCUUUUUUCUUUACCUCCUCUUCUCUUUGCUCACUUUCUUCUUCUGUUGUUUUUAUCUUCACUUCCUGUCUUCCUCCUCCUCCUCUCUGUCGUUCUUCUUCUUGUCGUUCUUCUUCGUGACUUUCUGCCUCUGUGAUGUAACUUCCUGUGUGAUGAUGUUCUAUUCAGCAUCAGUAACCAUGGCGACUGUGUUAACAGUGAUGAUGAUGAUGGUGGUGUGUGUGACUUGUUGCUAUGGAGACGCCCCCCCCCCCCGCAGUGUUUAUUCAGUGUAAAGUUUCAAUAAACUACAAACUCGUCUCA